UACAUAAGUUACUACGUCGACGAACUUACCACUACAGAGUUGCUAAAAGUUACUGCUUACGGAUUGCAACGCUCUUGACUUCAACUGUGCAGAGGAUUUAUGCUAACAGGCGAAAUGAGGAAUAUACCAGGAUAAUGCCUCCUCUUUUGACUUGAAAUAAAUAAGCAGGAAAAUCCUUCCGCACAGCACAGAUUACUAACUAUCCCCAUUACAUAGUUGCAAACAUGAAAAACAUUCGAGAAAGUCGUGCCAAAGAAACGAAAUGAAAUGAAAUGAAAUGAGACGAAUGCAAUCUAUCCGCUGGUUCAUGGACAGAAGAGCCAGCAUUUCCAAGCACCAAGGACUGCAGCUUUCAGGAAUUCAAAAUUCCAGGCCCUUGAGCUUCGGGCGUAGAAUGAGAGGGAGCAUGUUUUUUUCCAUACCUCUUAUUACUCGCAACCUUUUCGGGUUUUCUGCUCCAUUCCAAGGACAGCAUCUCCAAGGCUGCCCAUUCUAGGCAUUUGAAUAUCUCGCUUCGAAAUUGUCUCUUGAACCUUGUUGGGAGUAGGAUAUCAGGGUAGUGCGUGGUAUGCCGUGUUGCCACGCACCCGCCAUCCAAAUAUUUCUGGCUAAUAUCAACAUCCUCCAGGAGAAAUUCAUCUCCUCUUCUAUGUUUUGCCAGGUACUCCGGCUCUGUAUACUGAAAAUUAGAUGACUACCCCCACCUGUAUAGCUGCGAAGGACUGCUAUUUUUCAAACUGCCUGUCAGACCAUCUCAAGGUUGUUAAACAGUUUUGUUGCGUGGCCCAAUUACUCUAUAACACAGACUCCCGGGUGAUAUAGGCAGUUAUCCCUCCAGAAGGACGAUACAGCCUCAAUGCCUCCCGCUAAACAUGGUCAAACAUCAUCAUCGCAAACCUUCGUGACGUUGCAUCGAAUCAGCAGCAUGUUUGCCUGGUUUCCUGAGCAGCUCCCUAGCUAUCCCAUAUAAAAAACAUAGCUAUCUGUUGGCAUGUUUGCCAAUGCUCAACACAUAUUCUUUUCGAUAUACUCUCAAUAUUCUACUAUGCUCCAUGUUUCCCAAUCUUUCUCAGGCUCGGUGUCGAGAAAAUGGCGGCAGACAGUUACAUGGUAUUAAGCAAACACUGUUAUGUUUAGCUGUUACUUGAAGGCAAAUGUCUCAAUGGCUAUAUAUGCUUAUAGCUCCCAUCUACGCCCUUUCUUGUAUGAAUUUUCUGAUUUGUUUUUCUUUAUGCAUCCUCAUUGUUCAACAAUGCCUGCCGUUGCUCCCUAAAACCUCCGACUGUGAAUUUAGUCUGUCAUCGUGCUGAAAAUAACACACCAUGCCCUUCCGUUUCGAGCGUGAACACGAAAGACAGUAUGGUCGGUUUUCACUACGUCGUCCAAAUCCAGCCGAUAGGGCGUCUCAAUCUAGACAUUCUAAUCCAUCGACUACUAGUCCCACCCGGGACAACGAUUCGAGUUGGUUUAUCACCGAAGUUGAAUCUGAUGAAUGUGAAACUCAUCAAGAAGAACACUUUUCUUGGGUCCUGUCUGCGAGAUGCAGUCAGGAGCGCUUCUCCUUUGAUUCGCUCACAGAGGAUCUUCCAGAUUCGAGUUCCUGCACUUGUUUGAUAUGCUCCCCCAUUCGACGCCCAAAUUCAGGAAAUCAUAUACGGGGAGACGAAUGCAUUCAAAACCCACAAGCUCAUGAUCGUGAUCCUCAUGGUGGCUCCCGUCGUCGAUGCCGACAUGAAGAUCCCCGCCGAACCAUGAACCCACUCCCAUCAGACUUCUCUGAUAACGAUAACCCUGAUAUCACAACCACCACUGAUGACGAAAUCCCAGACAGCGACGACGCGAUGUUGAACCUCGAUAAUGCCACUACUAGCCCUUCCCGUAAUACCCCGGGCGAAAAUACACAUCGCAGAAACGAUAACUACCUCUCCUUCGUAGAUGGUAUCUUGCAGCGUGAGUUUGCCGAUGAGGCACUGGUCGCUGAAUACAUGGCUCGGCAUCGGCGACAACGAGGACAACCACGACGGGGUCGACAGAUGGAUCAAAGUCCUAGUGGAAACGGUGAUGGUAACUCUCGUGCUAGAGAUGGAUCUAGCGAGUCUAUGAAGAGGCUGUAUCAGUAUCGAGAAUAGGUUUUUUUUUUUUUUCCCCUUGCUCUGCUUUGCUCUCCUUGUCUUUUUGUCAGAUUUCCUCUCGUAAUCUUGCUAUCUCCAGACCACUAGCCACCUGGCCCUUUUCGAAGUCCGACUGCGUUCAGGUAAAAUUGUAAGAAAAUAAUAAAGAAAUGGAAAGCAAAGCCCAUUCUCUUGCCUACUUAAAUACUUCAUCCUAUCUCAACAUAAGCAUCUCACCUAUCCGUUUUCAUUCUAAACAAGGUAUACGAGCUCUGCACGUAACUACUAAUCCCUCCACCCUUAGGCCAAACAGAU